UUUGGCUCUUCUCCGUACUGCUCAUCUCUUCGAUGGCCACCCGUGGCCUCAGCUUGGGGCCACGGAUGGCCACCAACAUCCCCGAAAAUGACAACAGCUUCCCAAGCCAGGAUUCCUGGAUGCAUUCCUUGAGAGCCGCCCUGUACCGGCAAGGGCUGGAUAACCAGCAAACAGACCACGACGAGAUGCCUCCUGGGUCCACGGGCUCCAGAGAAGCUGGUGGUCCCCGCUUGGAGGGUGUAGAAUCGAGGGGGCUGGAUCAGCCGGCCAACCUCCGGCAGAAAAGCACCUUUGUGGGGUUUGCUUUCCCGUCCCCCGAGCAGGAGAAUGCUAACAACCCGGUGCCCGAGAGGGCGAAGAAGCAGAGCCAGGCGCAUCGGCGCCAUACGCGAAGGAAGAGGUUGAAACAGCACCGAGGAAAAGGCUCCAAGCUGAGACCCCGAGCCUUGGUGAAAAAGCCAGACAGCCUUGUGGAACAUUUUCGGCCCUUCCACGGGGAAGGAGCUGCGGCUGGUUCGGGCCCCACCUCCCUCCCCAGCGCCCUGCCCCAGACGUUGACGGAGGACUCCUUUCCUCUCGGGGCCAUCUCCUCCCGGCCCCAGACUGGCGAACGGCAAGAGGGUGAUGUGAUGCCCACCCUGGACAUGGCGCUCUUCGACUGGACGGACUACGAAGACCUGCGGCUGGACAUGUGGACUUCUGACAGGAAAAAAGGUAAGCUCCCUCUCACCUGGCGGACUCACAAAAGCGGCAACGAGACCACGUCAGACGAAGGAGAGUCUUGCGAUCACCACUUGGACUGCCUCUCAGGUAGCUGUUGUGAUUUGCGCGAACACCUCUGCAAGCUGCACAACCGUGGGCUUAACAACAAAUGUUACGACAACUGUAUGUGCACCGAAGGCCUCCGCUGUUACGCCAAAUUCCACCGGAACCGCAGAGUCGUCCGACGAAGAGGCCGCUGCGUGGAGCCGGAUUCUGUGGAUGCUGAUCAGGGGUCUUUCCUUAAUGUCUUGAGAGAGAGAGAAAGAGACUAAUGGGAGGGGGCUCCAAAGUGGACACAGUUAAUU